CGGUGGCAUACCGACCCUGGCUCUUCCAGGCUCCAGUGUAGUUACAUCAGCUCCAGAAGGAUCGCAGCUUUCUAGUGUGCAGGACAAACAGGCAUGGCGCUAGGCAUGUUUUGUGGCAUAGAGGAUCUCCUGGCCUCUGGGAGUCAGUUUAUGUGGAGUUUGACUGAACAGGUGUUGAGAAGAUGCUACGGUGAUGGACUUGUGCCCUGUAGGAGAUUCCUGCAAGCAUGGUGUCUUCUGGGAGAUGUUUAUGAGAUGACGGAGGGCCGGCUGUGCCAGGUGCUUCUGCUGGAUGACAGGCAGUUGGAACUGCUGGUUCAGCCAAAACUGUUGUCCCGAGAUCUCUUGGACCUGGUUUCAUCCCAUUUCAACUUGAAGGAGAAAGAAUAUUUUGGAAUUUCCUUCACUGAUGAGAGGGGUCAGACAAAAUGGCUACAACUGGACCGCAGAGUGCUGGACCAUGACUUUUCCAAAAAGACAGGACCGGUUGAUCUCAAAUUCCAAGUCAGGUUUUACAUCGAGAGUGUUGCAUAUCUGAAAGAUGCCAUCACUGUCGAACUGUUUUUCAGGAAUGCUAAGAUAUCUGUAUACAAUGGAAACCUUGAGGUGGAGAGUGAGACCGUUUUUAAGUUAGCAGCAUAUACAGUGCAGGAGGCAAACGGAGACCACACAAGUGAUGAAAGCACAAGAACGGAUAUCAAGAAGCUUCCGGUUUUUCCCACCACUGUUUUAAAGGAGCAUCCAUCAUUAGCCUUCUGUGAAGAUAAAGUAAUCCACCAUCAUAAAAAGCUAAAAGGACUCAGUCGUGGACAGGCCAUCAUACGGUAUCUUACAUUAGUUGAAUCCUUACCUGCUUAUGGAGUUCAUUACUACAAAGUGAAGGAUAAGCAAGGUUUACCAUGGUGGUUGGGAAUUAGCUACAAAGGCAUUGGCCAGUACGACCUGCAAGACAAGCUCAAGCCACGCAAGCUCUUUCUGUGGAAGCAGCUUGAGAACUUGUAUUUCCGUGAGAAGAAAUUCGCCGUAGAGGUCAACGACCCUAAAAGAAGGACAGCCUCUAGACGCACAUUUGGUCAGUCUGGUCAGGUCAUCCACACGUGGUAUGCCAGCCACUCUUUGAUCAAAACCAUCUGGGUGAUGGCAAUAAGCCAACACCAGUUCUAUCUGGACCGCAAACAGACUAAAGCUAAAAUAACCACAGCAAGAAGUUUGGGUGACAUUGCCAUGGAUCUCACUGAGACCAGAGCCCCGAGGAACAGUAAGAUGGUCAGGAUGGAAAGUAAAGACAAACUCAUCAUGGCCAGCAAUGGAAGCUUGGGCUCCUCAAAUUCUGCAGACAAUGAGGUGAAUGAGGAGCAGAAGAAAGAAAAGAUUGAAGAACUUAAGAAUAAGCAAAAGAAACUGGAGGAUCUUCUAGCGCAAAAGCUGGAUGAGCUGAAGAAAGUCUGCCUUCGAGAAGCGGAGUUGACCGGUACGUUACCUAAAGAGUAUCCUCUGGUGCAAGGAGAGAAGCCCCCCGCCGUUCGCAAGCGAAUGGGAACCGAAUUCAAAUUAGAUGACCUUUUCCCUUAUGAUGCUGACCCAAGCUUAAGAAACCUCGAGGGCCGCUUUGCUCUUCAGAAGAAGAUUGUGGAAGCAGCAAAAAAAUUAGCUUAUGAAAAUGAACUCUGUAAAACUGUGAGGAAAAAGCGGAGGAGAAACCUUUUGGAUGCUACGAAAAAGCUCCAAGUGAUCGAGAAUGAAAUUAAUGCUUACAGAGUGAAGAUUGGCAAGGAGCCCACACAAAGAGCUUCGGUCAUCAUUGCUGAUAAUGUGAGCCUUGACAACCUUUCCGACUGCUUGACUUUGGAUGAUGAUGACUCUUCAUCGCAUAGAUCACGUUCCCGUUCAGUGCAGUAUUCCCCACGUCCCAACUCGACAAACUCCUUUCCUGCGCAAUACCAUUCAGAUCGCACUAAUCCCAUCAAUGACGACAACCAGGACUACAGCGGAUUAAAUCAUGUCGAAGUCCGAGAAUCUUUGGGCUAUGUACAUGAAGAUACUUUAUCAACACACAGCAGUCCCUACCAUCAACCCUGCCGUCAACCCCAUGAUUCCCGGAGCAUGCCCCCCACCCCGCAGCUUCCCCGCAAUGCCUACAGCAGUAUCCAGCUCAGCACUUAUUUUCGGCAGCGCAGUGGCAGUCUGGAGUCACAGUCACAGUUCCUUACAGAGAGCGAGCCACCUGAGCCAGUCUACUCGGGCUCUCCUCGCCGUAGCAACAGUACCGAAAUCCUCGACGACGGGUCCUCCUACACCAGCCAGUCCAGCGUAGAGUACAGCGUACCCGGCUAUCAUUCCCGCGCCCAAAAUCGCCACAGACGGAGGCAAGGCAAUAUUUACGCCAACACUGGCAGCAUGCCCAAUCUAGCCCAGCCUCGGCAUCAACCAAGCACUAUGGCCUAUUACAUAACCGGAUACCCACAGUACAUGGAGCCUGAAACGUACCCAAAAGAACCGUACAUGUACGAGACUGAGAUGGAGGGACACUAUAACGUUAACACCUCCUACCACAGACACCAGCCCCCAGGGGUCUACGGUCAGGAUGAGAUGGACGGUAUUGCACACAACAUGUAUGCCACAUUAAGGCCAUCAAGGAACCGUCCACCAUCUAGGAACGAUAAUGUUGCCAUGAGCAUGCCAAAGGCUGAAGUGGUGGAACACUUGAGGGGUUGGUAUAACCGACAACACAGACAACAGGGUUAUGAUACGUACCGACACCCCCAGCAAAACCUCGGCUAUAGGACCAUAUCACCUGGUUAUGUACGCAGUGACAGUAUGGCUUCCUACUCAACAGUGAGUUCAGGGAAUUGGAACGGUCGAGCGGUCAUGGGAAUGCCUCAUGAGUAUGAAAUGCCUCUUGCACACCAUCAGUCUUAUGGCUAUGCCAGUCUCCAUCACGGUCACUCCUUACACAGCAGAUCGUACAUGGACAUAACCCAACACGAUUCAUACACGAGCAGUCCAAUUGACAGCGGUUUUGACUCUGAAGACCAGCAGAAACUUUAUUGGCACACAGACUCAAAACCGGGAACAAUUGUGUAGAGAGGGAGUGGAAAAAAUCUCACAGACUCUCAUGUGCCUUGCUCUCAAAGAUGGAAACACACCAGCCUUAACAGGAAUGUAACCAGACAAGAGCCUUUAAACAUGUGGAUGGUUGAUCCUGCUGGGCGACUUCUAAAAAGGGCAAUGCCUUUUCUUUGAGAACUGACUUUCGGAGAGCUUCAGGUUGCAACCUUUUUAAAGUGAUAGCACUUGGGUGUUAAGACUGAACUGUAUUUGGACGAAGCUGCUUUGGAAACUUGGGGUGGAACUUUUAAUCCUGUAUUGUACAGCAGGUCGAAUGGAGUGGUUGUGUUUUCAGCCAGUGUGUACAGAAUAAUCUCAUAACACUCAUGUGACUUUGAAGGAUACGGCAAACAUUGCAAUUACAGCAGACACAGGCAAACAAUAAUAUGAAGGAUUGAGCCCGGACAAAUUUAUUUUGUGCUUAGCUUCACCAUAAUACCUUUCAGUGCUUUUUCGCCCUCUUUCAUAUGCUGAUCUAAUCUUUUCUAAAGAAAAGUUUUACUUCGUGUUCGGUUUUGUUUGAACCAGUAGUAUGUGGAAUGUGAUUGUGCAGGAAAAGCCUUUGUAUUCAGUAUUUUCUCACACUAAUGUCUCACUUUAAGUUUAUUUACACUACAGUUGUCAUUUCAGGUGCAUGUGUCUGCACUUGUACACCGGUGCAUCAACCAGUAACACACUGUUUUUGAUUCAUGUGCAACUGAUACUUGAACCAAUCACAAGCAGUAUUACUGAGCUUGUUUUUGUGUAUUCCAAGUAGUUGUCUGUCAUGCCUGGGGUCAACUUUUUACUUUGCGUGAGCCAGUGCAAGUGUUAUUUUUUUCUAAUUCUGCUGAAACAGAGAGUGAAUCUUUUUAGAAACAAACAAUUUUUGGCUAAAGUGGCAGAUGUAAUGCGAUGGCAAUUGUUUUCAUACAUUCAUUAACAAACUGCCAGGUAGAGUACAAGUAAUUCUAGGCGUUUAUAACUGCACUUUUGAACUGUAAUGGAUUUUGCUCAACUCUUAAGAUUGGAACUAUGAUGUAGCGCACAGUUUUUUUUCUUUUUCCAACAGAAAUGUAAAUGUAUUUGUAAAUAAUGUAAAAAGUUUGUUACAUUUUUCACCUUUUAGAAAGAUUUGUUUUUAUCAUUUGGAAAAAAUUGUUUUGAAAACAUAAUAUAUAGUUUGGAUUUGUCAAGCUGGUUCUUAGAAAAUUCUCUACAAAAAUGUAAUGGGAAUUAAAAAAUACAAAAAUC